AUGGCCAGUGUGGCGCCGGUGUGUGUCACAGGUGCUGGUGGAUUUAUCGCCUCCCAUAUUGUGAAGCUGCUCUUGGAGCGGGGCCACGUGGUCCGCGGCACGCUGAGGGAUGCGAAGGACCCGCGGAAGACGGAACACCUCAUGGCGUUGCCAGGCGCCUCUGAAAGGCUUAGCCUUUUCAGCGCCAGCUUAUUGGAGCCGAACGCCUUCGACGAGGCCGUCCAGGGCUGCCGGGGCGUCUUCCACACCGCCUCGCCGCUGGUCCCGGGGAAGGGCGUGGAGGAUCCAGAGACCUUGGUGCUGAGACCGGCCAUCGAAGGCACUUUGAACGUACUGCGCUCCUGCCAGAAAGCGGGCACAGUCAAGACGGUGGUGCUCACCUCCUCCAUGUCGGCCGUCGCGCCCGUCCCGGAGCCACCACUCAAGUCGGAGGAGCAUUGGUCGGACCCCGAGGAACAGAAGGCGCGGGGGAGCUUUUAUGGAGCGUCCAAGACUUUGGCAGAGCGUGCUGCCUUUGAUUUUGUGGCGAAGGAGAUGCCAAGCGUCAGGCUGGCAACCAUUUGCCCCACCAUGGUGCUGGGCCCUAUGCUGCAGCCCGAGGUCAACAUGACCAUGGGAGCGUUUCGGGGCUGGUUGAAAAAUGGUGUGCCUGGGCAUCCGAAGUGUCAGAAUGACUCCAUGAGCUUUGUUGACGUGCGCGAUUGUGCAGCGCAGCAUGUGGCUGCCAUGGAGAUGGAGGACAAGGCUGGGCGCUUCAUGAGUCUCGACUGCAGCAUCCAUUGGAACGACCUGGCUGUGCUGAUGAAAAGCCUUUAUCCCUCCAUGCCGGCUGCUGAGCCUGUCGAGGGCGAGCUCCGCCCCGUGACACGCUUCGACCGCGCGCGGCAAGACAGCUUGGGCGUGCCCGUGCGGCCGGUGCCGGAGAUCUUGAAGGAGCCGAGCCGAGCAUCGAACGAAAGCAACGACGGUGCCAUCGACGUCGCUUUGACGGGCGAACUCCUUCCAUUGCUGGAGAAGGCACCUCAGGCCCGGAUCGUGGUGCUGUCCAGCACGGCACACCUGGGCGCAACGAAGGAACUCAUGGAAGGAGAUUUGAUGGCGCCAGAGCGCUACACGCAAUGGGGCGCCUAUUGCCAGUCCAAGUUGGCGAACGUCCUCUUCGCCAAGGAGUUGGAUCGCAAGCUGAAGCAGGCAGGGCUGAAGAUCACGGCCGUCUCCUGCCAUCCCGGUGCCGUGGACACCGACUUGGCUCGCUGGACCAUUAGCCCGGAGGGAGAUCCUGGAAAGGCCACACAGAUGCGCAAGGAAGCGCCCUGGGCAGAUGUUUUGGCCACCUUCCUCACACGUACCGUGCAGCUGGGCGCCAAUACCCAGGUGUACCUGGCCGCUGGCGGCGAUGGUGGCUAUGGAAGCUCCGGAGGUCAGUACUUCGAUAACAUGGCACCAGGACUCUUGAACCCGGUGGCCAACGACGAGCAGUUGGCACAGGAGCGGAGCGGACCUUCAGCCGGCAUCGGGAGGUAUCCUCACCUGGUCAUAGUGAGAGAGAGAGAGAGAAUGAAAGAAAGAAAGAAAGAAAGAGUGAGUUGGAAUCAACCAUGUCACACCCGAAGUCUCUUGACUCUUGCAUUUGGGCCGGGAGAUGUUGUUCGUUUCUCGUUGCAGCACGGCUGCUUGCUGCUUGGAUGGCCCUUGUCAGACAAAAGAGAGAAGGAGAUGAUCCUUCCAACCAUAUAUCUACCGCCUCCUCCAGCGGUCAUCACCCUACCCGAAUGGGAUCCUUAA